CUCUCCCGCGAGCGCGGGCGUCGGAAGCGGCGGAGGUGGCAGUGUCUGCCCUGGGAUGGCCUUCCCUGCACGCGCGCGUUUGUACCUAAAUCGCAGGGGACCGUCUCUUCCUCAGCUUGCCGGCGCGAGGAGUCGGAGCCUCGAGUUCGGGCCACACGGGGGAAUUUGGGUCGGGUUGACUUUUCCCUCAACAUAUUUUGUCAGAGACCUUGGAGAAAGUCCUACUGUUGGCGCCUUUUAGUUUCCUCAGAUGAUAACCUUCCCAACUCCGCUCGAAGCAUCCAGUCUUAAUCCCCUCCAGCAGAAUGGUGCUGACUAACUCAAUGUGUGAGAUCCACAGCUGUGUCAAUAAUAGGGCUUUCUGGCAAACUUGUGAACGUAGUCUCGAAAUUGUUUUUCUGGACGCUUGAAUAUCAGUAUAUUCAGUUGAAAACACGUGAUUUUGUUGCCAGUUUAUCAGUUCCUACCUGGCCUCCCGAGGUCAGUCCUUCAGGACUGACGCUGCAACUCCAACUCCCAUGUUUCUUUUAAAUCACAAAGGAAAAUAUAUUUUAAAAAUCAGGAUACACUGAUUAAUUAUGUUAGUAACUAAUUGGCAUUUCUGUUUCAUCAAAAAGUUUUGGAAGCUUUAAAUAGUUUUAGCCUCUAAUUUUACAAUAAAGUGAAGCUCAAAGUUGGGAAUUUGACCGGAUGAGGGCUACAAGCCCAUCCUUUCCUCCUCCCUCUUCAUCUUUCCCAACCUGUGACCCUGGCUCGUUUAUGUCUCUGUAUAGUUGUAGGCUUUCGUCAUUAUACAGAGAAAAUAACAAAGUAACUAGUGUCUUCUAAACAUCUAGCCAUUAAUUCCACCAAUCCAUUCCAUUUUCAUUCAAGAAAUAGCAGAGAUGCUGAGUAAAGAUUAUUAGCUUCCUGGUUCCACAGAUACAUGGGAACAAAUCCAGAAUAGUAGUAGCACAAAUCCAAAUAUAGUAACAAAUAGAAGUUAUAUAUUUUAAACGAAAAUAGUAGAUUUUCCCAUGAUCUCUUGAAGGAAAGAUAAAAUUAUGUUUUUAAAGUUUUGUUGGGUAGACUUGCAUUGUAGUUUUACGGAAUUAUUUUUAGUGUCACAAUCUUUAAAAGUUUUCCCCUUAGAUUGUUUAUCAGCCAGUCUCUCUCUCUCGAAGAGUUCUUUAGUUUUUGAGGAAGUUGACUUGGAGGCAGUUCUUACAAUGAGUUAAGGGUUCCCAGUUGUAUUACAGUUUCUUUUUCCUUGAUAUCUCAUUUCUACUCUGCCAACAAGAACACCAUGCACCCCAGCUCUAAAGAAGGAAGACUUUCAAGCCCCCUUGUCAGCGGAGCUAUAAGGUGAACUGCAGGAAGAUCCCAGCCCUAUACACGUGGGGCAGAGCCAGCAGAGGCCAGAGCUGUUGCUCUGUGCAGACCACGAGAGGAUGUCUCCCAGCCUUCAGGAAGGCGCUCAGCUUGGGGAAAGCAAACCCUCAACUUGCUCCUUUUCAAUUGAGAGAAUCUUAGGACUGGACCAGAAGAAAGACUGUGUUCCAUUAAUGAAACCCCACAGGCCCUGGGCAGACACCUGCAGCUCCUCAGGGAAAGAUGGUAACUUAUGUCUACAUGUCCCAAAUCCUCCCAGUGGGAUUUCAUUCCCUAGCAUGGUGGAUCACCCAAUGCCAGAAGAAAGAGCUUCGAAAUAUGAAAAUUACUUUUCAGCCUCAGAAAGACUGUCUUUGAAAAGAGAGUUGAGUUGGUAUAGAGGCCGAAGACCAAGAACUGCUUUUACUCAAAACCAGAUUGAAGUGUUAGAAAAUGUCUUUAGAGUAAACUGCUAUCCUGGUAUCGAUAUUAGAGAAGACUUAGCUCAAAAAUUGAAUCUAGAGGAAGACAGAAUCCAGAUUUGGUUUCAAAAUCGGCGUGCAAAACUGAAAAGGUCCCAUAGAGAAUCACAGUUUCUAAUGGCGAAAAAAAAUUUCAACACAAAUCUCCUGGAAUAGAUAGAAAACUAAACAAGUGGAAUUAUCUUCUAAUUGCAGAGCAUGAAGAAUCAGUGGAAAUAUUAAGUGUUAAAAUGUGAUGUUUUCUUUCCUGCAUUUAAUCUGAAUAUUGUCAUUUUUUUCUGAAAAUAUAUUGUAAAUAAUUACUAUUAUAUCAUGGUACAUAUUAUAUUUGGGCACUUUUAGUUAUAGUAAAGACCUUUUCUAUAUAUUUUAAUAAACAUUUUCAGAAAAGAUUGCUAUUUUUUAAGUGAGCCAAAUUAAUCUAAUAAAUUAGUUUGUUAAAAUCAAUAGACUCAUGACUAAGUGAUUCCACAAGCUGGAUUCUAAUUAUAAAGUAUUUCAAGUAAAAUGAUCUGAAGAACAAAA